CGCGCUGUGGAAAACAUGCGGCUCGGGGAACCCCCCCCCCCCUUCCGCAGCCCCGGCUCGGGGCUGAGCCCUAAGGGGCGCUGGAGCACAGGCCACGUGCACAUUUGCGAGAGCCCGCCUAGGCGCACAAGACCCCCUUCCCCUGGCCCUGCUUUGCUCGGGGUUCGGCGCUCCCCUCGGCCGAGGCGCCCAGACUUUCCCAGGCGCGCCUGGCCGAGAGCCCUCCCCCACUUCGGGACGCUCUGAAUCAGGCGGCGGCCGCCCUUCCCCGAAGCCCGCGGCUCCGCCCCGCGCCGUCCGGCCGCCUCUCCGGCGCGGCAAAGCCGCGCCCCCCCGAGGUCCGCCCCCCGGCCCCCGGCCCCCGGCCCGGCCCAGAGCGCCAAAGGGGCGGCGGCGGGAGGCGGGUCCACGCGGGGGAGGGCAGAAGUGCGGAGGGUGGUGCUUCCGGGACAAAGGGCGGGCAAGAUGGCGGCGCCCAUGGAGCUGUUCUGCUGGUUGGGGGGCUGGGGGCUGCCGUCAGUGGACCUGGACUGCCUGGCCGUGCUGACCUAUGCCAGAUUUACUGGUGCCCCACUCAAGGUGCACAAGAUCACCAACCCCUGGCGGAGCCCUUCAGGAACUCUGCCUGCCCUUCGGACCAGUCAUGGAGAGGUCAUCUCGGUACCACACAAGAUCAUCACCCACCUUCGAAAAGAGAAGUAUAAUGCCGAUUAUGACCUGUCCGCCCGGCAAGGGGCAGACACCUUGGCCUUCAUGUCUCUGCUGGAGGAGAAGCUGCUCCCCGUCCUGAUACAUACUUUUUGGGUAGACACCAAGAACUAUGUGGAAGUGACCCGGAAGUGGUAUGCAGAGGCUAUGCCCUUUCCCCUCAACUUCUUCCUGCCUGGUCGCAUGCAGCGGCAGUACAUGGAGCGGCUGCAGCUGCUGUGUGGGGAGCACAGGCCUGAGAAUGAGGAAGAGCUGGAGAAGGAGCUGUACCAAGAGGCUCGGGAAUGCCUGACCCUUCUCUCUCAGCGCCUAGGCUCUCAGAAAUUCUUCUUUGGAGAUGCCCCCGCCUCCCUAGAUGCCUUUGUCUUUAGCUACUUGGCCCUGCUGCUGCAGGCAAAGCUGCCCAGUGGGAAGCUGCAGGCCCACCUGAGGGGGCUGCACAACCUCUGUGCCUACUGCACCCAUAUCCUCAGCCUCUACUUCCCCUGGGAUGGAGCUGAGGUGCCACCACCACGCCAGACACCAGCGGGCCCAGAGACUGAGGAGGAGCCAUACCGGCGCCGGAACCAGAUCCUAUCUGUGCUGGCGGGGCUGGCAGCCAUGGUGGGCUAUGCCUUGCUCAGUGGCAUUGUCUCUAUCCAGCGGGCAACGCCUGCUCGGGCCCCAGGCACACGGGCCCUGGGCAUGGCUGAGGAGGAUGAAGAGGAAUGAUUUGUCCUCAUGCUCCCAGGACUGAUUUUUCUACUGUUAUGCAUUCCAGAGACCCCUGUGUCUCCCCAUUAUUGGUACGGCUGGAAAUGGGGUGCUACCCCCAGAAUAAACCUGCUCACACUGACUA